AUGGCGGAACAACAGCUGAUUGAACAGUCGCCUUCUUCGCACUUUACUGAGGAUCAUGAAAGGACAGAAUUGUUUUCUGCAGUUCUCUCGACACUUGAUAGAGAACAGUUGCCUCUGCUUGCGGAGCGCGCCAUUCUACAGUGCCUCCAAUCACCAUAUCGAACCACCAAUGCGAAACCAUCAUUCGGCAAGCCUCUCCUCGACACCACCCACUCACGCCGAAUCUGCGCCCUCGAGAACAUCGCCUCGGCAAUGGUGCAGCUGGAUAGGUUUUCAUUUAGAUCUGGCGGUCGUCUUCUCUUUGGAAGCGAUGGCAACCCAUAUGGUAUCGGGUCUAUACGACGAGUUGAUCACAAGGCUAUGCUUGACCGAUGGUUCCUUCAUAAGGAUCUAGACUAUGACCUUAUACAUAUCGAGUGUGCGGCAUCCAGCUACCAAAAGCAUACUACACCCACAUUCUCGACAUGCACCCCGACAGAAACCGGUUCCCAAGGGUCUCGUGAUGCUCUUGCGCCAGCUGAUCAGCUGGAUCUCUGA